AGUUACACCCUUCUUUUACCUCGAAUCCGAAGGAUUAAUGCCAGCACCUAAAUACAACGGUACAGCGGGGGACGCCGUGGGCAAUGUGCUGCCCUUCCGCGUCGGGCCCUGGGUUUCGUACGAACCGCCAUCAUCUUCCCAUACCUCGACCUUCGGUGUCAUGGACGACGAUGUUGACAUGGAUGCACCACAAAUUUCCACUUUACGUGAUGAACAGACCCCUCCACCGCCAAAGGCCAACAAUCCGAGAUUCAAACUGAAGCUCGUAGUCAAGGACAAGACCAAGACCAUCACUUCUUCCGCUGGAAAACCGUACACUGGUGAUGACGAGGAAGGGGAAGAGGAAGAGGAAGACCAGGAAGACCAGCUCAUUGACGAUGAUGAUGGCCCUAUACCUGCUGCUUCGCUCUCCUCAAAACGAAAGGCUGGAACAGCAGCCCCUGGCGGCUCUGGUAAAAGGAAAGCUCGCAAAAGUGACCACGGUAAAAAGUCAGAAGUUGGUGACGGUUCUGUUCAAGGGAAACCGAAGGAGAAAGUAACUCAACAACCGGGUGCGCCGAAUCUUGCACCUACGAUGUCCUGGUUCCAAGCCAAUCCAAUUACUGAACAACUUGAAGAUUCAGGAACAGAAGGACGGAUAAGCAUCUCUCAUGAAGAUCCAGACGCACCUCUUGCCUUGUCUGCAACGUCAAAGAAGAAGGGAACGUCAAAGAAAACCCCAUCGAAGAAGGCAAAGACAUUAUCCACGAAGCUUAAGCUACGAAUGCCUCAGAUGCCCCCAGAAGAUACGGUCAGUGAAGGGAUGACUGGAACCGCCGCUUCUUCGCCAAUAGGCAUACACAUCGAUGAUUCGUACUCUCCGGAACCUGAGGAGGCGAAUGCAUCAUCUAACAUCCCUAUAGAAACCUCUGAAAAUACAUCCACCGCUCAAAAUCCCGAACAACCCAUCAAUCUCGAAGAAGUUCCCGUCCCAAUUUAUCCUUUACCGACUAAACCUUUCCCAGUUCUUCCGCCUCCUAAAAUCAGCUCAGGUUUUGCACCCAAUAUCCCUCUUGAUAAGACCAAGACGAGAGUUCGACACUGGCGGGUCGCAAAUCGGGAGAUACGAGGUAUCGCUGGCGGGAGAUGGUUUACACGAGCUUGGGUUGGGGAGAAAGAAUCGGAGUUUGCGACAGUCUUGCUGGCUGGAAAAGCAACCAAUGUAGCGAAUGGUGAUGGAAUUGGGCCUCCAUUGGGGAAGAUAGCCGGAGGCGGGCAUUCAGUUUCUGCACCACCGGGUGGUAAAGGAUCUAAGAAGAAGGUUACCAAUUCGUCUAGAUCUGGGUCUUCUGUGCCGGAGGCGAAUGGCCCAGUCACUGCAAGUGUCCAUGGUCCGUCUAAGAUGAGGAUAUCUCAGAUGGCUCCUCCUCCCCCACCCUCCAGUGAAGCAGGGGAUAUCGAUAUGGUUGUAUCAGCGGCAUAAGGCUGCCCAUUCCUUGAUUACCUUACAUACUUGUAUAAUUGCAUGGGACUAAUAUGUUUACACUGUAAAGCUACUUGCUAUCGGAAUGUUUUGCACCUCAAUAGACCUACGGCU